AUGGCUGAAGCCCAGCUGUUUGUAUCACAGGACGAGUUCACCUGCUCGGUGUGUCUAGACACCCUGACUGACCCCGUCACCAUCCCCUGUGGUCAUAAUUUCUGCCUGAAGUGCCUCACGGACUGCUGGGAAAAGAGUCAAGAGAGCAGCUGUCCUCAGUGCAGACACACCUUCACCACAAGACCUGAGCUGAACAGAAACACUCUGCUGAAUGAAGUCAUCAAGAAAUUAAAGAAGACGGCACUCAGAUCUCAUCCUCCUCAGAAUUAUGCUGGCCCUGGAGACGUGGAGUGUGACUUCUGUACUGGUAAGAAGUUCAGAGUGGUGAAGUCCUGUCUCACUUGCCCGGCCUCCUACUGUCAGACUCACCUGCAGCUUCACAAUGAACUAGCUGCCUGGAAGGAUCACAAGCUGGUUGAUCCUAAUAGAAAUCUGAAGGAGAAACUCUGUGAGAAACAUCAGAAAAGUCUGGAGAUAUUCUGUAAAACCGAUGAUUCCUGUAUCUGCACGAUGUGUGUGGUGACAAGACAUAAAAAUCAUGAAAUGGUUGAGCUGGAGACAGAAAGAGAAGAAAAGCAGGUGAGUGACGUUUAGUGUUUAAUGGAAACUGUUUGAAUAACUUUGAGUUAAGGAAUUUGUACAUUUAAUGUGACAGAGAAAUCUAUUCAUCUGCAGUAAAACUCGAUUAUCUGUCACUUGAUUAACUGUCAGGACUAAAUAACAAAAACCCAACCUUGUGCAC